CAUUAUUGGAGCUGAGAUAAGAAAUUUUGAUCUGCUCUGAUGGCUUCUAGACAGUUUGUGGUCCUUGCAAUCGUUGCAGUUGUUCUUCCCACUGUGGCCAUGGCAGCUGAGUUCACUGUUGGAGAUGACAAAGGCUGGACCAUUGACUUCGACUAUCAAGCUUGGGCCAAGGGCAAAACGUUUCUUGUUGGGGACACACUAGUCUUCAAGUACACUCAGGGAAACCACAAUGUCUUCAAAGUGAACGGGACUGCCUUCAAGGACUGCACUAAACCACCAUUGAAUGAGGCUCUUACCAGUGGAAAUGAUACGAUAACACUCGCCACCCCUGGAAAUAAGUGGUACAUUUGUGGUGUAAACGACCACUGCGCCAACUACGGACAGAAGCUGGCCAUCACUGUACAUGGCUCCCUGUCUCCUGAACCAACCCCCACCCCUAUCCCAGACGCACCAGCACCAGGCCCCGCCGCACCUUCACCCCUAUCCUACACUUUAUAUAUAUAAGGGUAAUUUUGCGUAGUUUUUCAAUGCCUAAAUUAUGAUUUGUAGGCUGUUUGGAUACAUCAAU